CAUCCCUGCCUGAGUCUGAGGCAUAAGGUCGCUUUAAGAGCUAUCUCAGUUCCUAUCAGUGCUCCUGGCAGGACACCUCCUACCUUCUCCUCGACCAAAAACUCUUGUUGUGUCUCACCUGAUGCAAAGCAGCGCUGGAAGCCUGAGGGGAAACAACAUCUCGGAGAGCAGCGAGCACACUGGAGGACAGAGGAGUCUCCGCCACCUGUCCGGAGCCGAGAGAGUCCGCGUCAGACACGCAGCUGCAGACAGACAGUGGAUCCAGCUGACAGCUGAAGACAGACAGUGGAUCCAGGACAGCUGAAGAGACCCAGGGCAGCAAGUAAAUUUCGUUGUAAAGACUGCCGAAGAUUGAGGAUGAGGCAAAGCUGUAAAAAAAUGCAAAUGUUAUUCAUGAAGUAAUUACAGCAGGUGUGACACACAACAAAUUAGUUCCAUUAAGCCCCCCAUCGGCUUUUGAAGUGAGCCCAGGAAAGCCGCCAUGGAGCUACAGCACAACACCAACCACAACCAAGCCUUGUGGAAAGAGAUACCGUGGGAUUUCACCGACGAGUGCUCCCUCUCAGUGAGUGGCAACACUUUUCUCAUCAUCGCUUACAGUGCAGUUAUGGCAGUAGGUCUCAUUGGUAACUCUUGCCUGGUGUUUGUCAUCACACGGCACAAGGAGAUGCGCAACGUCACCAACAUCUUCAUCGCCAACCUGUCCUGCUCUGACAUCCUCAUGUGCGUCGUGUGCCUGCCAGUGACUAUUAUUUACACGCUGAUGGACCGCUGGAUCCUAGGUGAGGUCCUGUGUAAGCUCACGCCGUUCAUCGAGUGCAUAUCGGUCACCGUUUCCAUCUUCUCCCUCGUCCUCAUCGCCAUGGAGCGCUACCAGCUCAUUGUCCACCCGACAGGAUGGAAGCCCAUGGUGGGCCAGUCCUACAUGGCCGUGGCUGUCACCUGGAUCGUUGCCUGCCUGAUCUCGGCGCCUUUCCUCUCGUACAGCGUACUCACCUUGCCCUUCCAGAACCUGAGUCUCCCCUUCCCGGGCAGCGACCACCUCGUGUGCAUGGAGCGGUGGCCCUCAGUUCAAGAGCGGCAAGCUUACACCACCUCCCUGCUGGUCUUCCAGUACUUGCUCCCUCUCGCCCUCAUCAUGAUCUGCUACCUGCACGUCUACCUGCGCCUCAGGAGGCGGAAGGACAUGGUGGAGCGCGGCAGGAACACCACUCAAAAGAAAACCAAGGGCGCCACCAGGAUCAACGCCAUGCUGUUCUCCAUCGUGGUGGCGUUUGCCCUCUCCUGGCUCCCUCUCACCGUCUUCAACGCGGUGUUCGACUGGAACCACGAGGCCAUCCCGUCCUGCGGCCACGACGCCAUCUUCUCAGCCUGCCACCUCACGGCCAUGGCCUCCACCUGCGUCAACCCCAUCAUCUAUGGUUUCCUCAACAGCAAUUUCCAGAAACAGGUGAAGUCUACCCUGUUGCGCUGCCGCUGCUGGGGGGUGACGGAGAGUUACGAGAGCGUCCCGCUCUCCACUGUCAGCACAGAAGUCACCAAGGGGUCAAUCUUGAGCAAUGGGUCUAUGAGCAUGAGCAUUAGGUCCUAAGCCUUUUCAGUGAAAGACAAAGAGACUACUGGUUGCUUCUUCAGCCUUCAUCGUGUCAUCCUUUGGAGCUUUUUUUUUUUUUUUUUUUGCUUUGUUGUGUCCGAAAGCGAGGUGUACAUUUACAAAGUUAUAAACCUCACAGCACAGCAGUCCAGAGAGAGCCCACUGAAGACACUUUACCAGCACGGGCCUACGCCCUCGCUUCAGUAUGAGUUAGCAUGUAAGAGGAAGUAGAUAACACAUUGAUGGUGCAAAGGUUGGACAAGUUUAAGUAUUGUAGGGCGAGUGAAGGCACUUUACAUGAACACUUUUACAACUCUGUAUAGUCCAUUCCUCGUGUGCUGUGGGCACAUGAGGAAUCUUUGUUAGACAGCAUUUCAUCUGGUAAAUCUGUCAUGUUUUCUUUUCUGAAGCACUGGGAUCUACUCAGAAGUCACGUUUCACUGAAUAUCAGCUGGGUUUGCUUUUCACACUGUUACCUGCUUUAAAUGUGAAUUGAGCCCCCCCCCCGAGAGAACUGAAAGGACAAAAGGGGUUGGGGCACUGCAAAUGUUGUUUUCAAUUUUGCUGUUUUAUAUUAAUAGUAUUGAUAAAAAAAAAAAUGUGAGAGAUUGUAAACUUUGAUGUGUUAAUGAUUAUCAACCGAGUAGCUCAUUACAUAACUGAAGGAGAGAACAUUAGUGCAUUAAAUGGGACUCCAGGCGUUCACUGAGACAAUUUACUGGCAUCAUCUUAAUGCAUUUAUCAUGACCUAAAAUCACCACAAACAAUGUAAUGAUCUUUUACAGAGAACCUUGGCGAGAGCUAUAUACAUUCCAUGCUUUCCACCAAAGUCUGCGCUGCAGUGUGUUGUGCAAGUGGGGUGGGUUUUUUUUUUCUCAUAAAAUGUGCCAUUUAACAACCAUAUAUCAAGACAUCAAAGAAGCGGUAAAGGACUUAUUCAGAGCGGGGUUCAUCUGCUGUAAAUAGCAUUGCUAAAUACAUGUAUGGCCUGUAAAAUGUGUAGUUUAUGGUGUGGUUGGGGGGAGAGCAUUGUGUAGCAUAGCGGAUAUCUCCUAGGAAACCUGUUGUAAGUCACUUCUCUUUGUGGUAUUGAACUAAAUUAAACAGCUAUUACCUUUAAUGAUAACCUCCAUGUUGUAAUAUUUGGUUUUAAUCAAUUCUUGUACUGCAUUUGUUGUUGUUGUUGUU